AAAUAACAUAGUUCAAAUGUUAUAUCAUGUGAGUCCCAAAUCGCCUCAUUGGUAUUCAGUCUUGCCUGGGGAUGUUGCAAGUGACCGGCCGGGUCAUCUACAACAAUAGUCGGAGAGUAUAAUUAACCGAGUUAAUUGACUUGGUAUAAUUUAUACAUACGUGCUUGGGCUAUUUCCUCAUUGGGAUCAGAACCGUCCAAACUGUCGGUUGGGACGAUUUUGUUUCCGUCUGAAACCACACUAGGCCUUAUUUACCUUUACUAACUAUCGUUACGGUGGAGAAUGACGUCGGAGAAGCUCCCUUACGGUCACCUCAUGCCGGAGAGGAGCACCCGCCGGGAACGCACGGGCGGCCCGCUCGGCUCGCUCGUAGGUGUUCUCGGCGCCGCCGCGGUGUUUGUUUCCGCCGUGGUGCUGGCCGUGAUCGUGCAGAACAUCGGGCAUGAGAUGGGCAAUCUCCGGGCCAGGGUGGAGAGGGAGCACGGCGAGAUGGCUAAACUGCAAGCCCAGGCUCAGAGAGCCAACAACGACAUGGCUAAAAUGCAAGCCCAGGCUCAGAAAGACCACGACGAGAUGGCUAAACUGCAAGAAAAGGUCGAGAAAAGCGACGCAGAGAUAAUCAAGCUCCAAGCCCAGGCUCAGAAAGACCACGACGAGAUUGGUAAACUGCAAGCCCAGGCUCAGAGAGACCACGACGACAUGGCCAAACUCCAAGCACGGGCCGAGAAAGACCAAGAGGAGGUCCUGUCUCUGAGGGAGAGGAUCGUCGUGCUGGAAACACAGGUCCGAGGCGCGACUUUCCCACCAAACUACGCCGAACAACAACAAAUGUCCCAUAGCCCUGAGGGAGGACAGUCUGGGCACGUCGGCGAGGCUGACACCGGGGGACAGAACAACAACGCCACGGUGGGAGGACUUGCGCACAGGCGCUCCAAGAGAGAUUCGCCCAACUGGGUCCGACUCCCGUCUGGGUCAGGUUGUUGUCAGAACCAGCCGGGACGGGACGGUCGGGACGGACGGGACGGAAUGGCGGGAUCACCCGGGCUGAAG